CAGAGCGGUGGACGUGACGCCUAACAAACCAGGGGGCGGAGCAGCGGAGGGAAGCUGGAGACAUCUCUUCCGCAUGCGCAUCAGGCCCUGAUCGCUCGCAAUGCGGGUGCUUGUGGGGGGCGGCACGGGCUUCGUGGGGACAGCCCUCACGCAGCUCCUGAAAGCCCGGGGCCACGAGGUGACGCUGGUCUCCCGAAAACCGGGACCGGGUCGCAUCACGUGGGAAGAGCUCACCUCCUCUGGGCUGCCCCCCUGCGAUGCCGCUGUCAACCUAGCUGGGGAGAACAUCCUCAACCCCCUGCGGAGGUGGAAUGAAGCCUUCCAAAAAGAAGUUCUCAACAGCCGCCUGACGACCACCCAGAUUCUGACUCAGGCCAUUACCAAGGCCCAGCAGCCGCCCCAGGCCUGGGUCUUGGUGACAGGUGUAGCUUACUACCAGCCCAGCCUGACUGCAGAGUACGAUGAGGACAGCCCGGGAGGGAAUUUUGACUUUUUCUCAAACCUCGUCACCAAAUGGGAAGCUGCAGCCAGGCUUCCUGGAAAUGCUACGCGCCAAGUCGUGGUGCGCUCAGGGGUUGUCCUGGGCCGAGGUGGUGGUGCCAUUAGUCACAUGCUGCUACCCUUCCGCCUGGGCCUGGGGGGACCCAUUGGCUCUGGCCAGCAGUUCUUCCCCUGGAUUCACAUCGGGGAUUUGGCUGGAAUCCUGACCCUUGCCCUGGAAGCAAACCACGUGCAGGGAGUCCUCAACGGAGUAGCCCCAGCGUCUACCACUACCAAUGCUGAGUUUGCCCAGUCCUUGGGAGCCGUGCUGGGACGCCCAGCCUUCAUCCCUCUCCCUAGCCCUGUGGUGCAAGCCGUGUUUGGGAAAGAUCGGGCCAUCAUGCUUCUGGAGGGCCAGAAAGUGGUUCCUCGGCGGACACUGGCUUCGGGCUAUAAGUAUUCCUUCCCUGAACUCAGAGCUGCCUUGCAGGAAAUUGUAGCCUAAGAGGAGACUCUGCACUGGAUGGAGUAAGGGAGGCUCCUUCCUCUGCUGAAGCCACCUGGUUAGAGCCUGAAUAAAUCUCUGGUACUAUUGUACUAGUGACCUGAAAGUCUCAGCUUUUUAGAAACACCUCUGCCCC